AGUGUUUCCCCCAAGAGGGACCAGUAAGCGGUUUACCUCUCAGAUGCUGUUUCAUUCACCACAACCCCUGAGGCUGUGACGGAUCUUCUGCUCUGAAGAUAUCUGCAAAAGUUUUCUUUUAGGGGAGAAACGGUUCACUGCCAUCAUGGCCCACAGCAGAAUUAACAGCUUUAAGGCAGCAGACCUCAUCAUCCAGCUCUCUUCCACUCCAAAAAUGAAACCAGAUGUUGUCGACUUUGGGACGGUCUUCACUGACCACAUGUUGACUGUAGAGUGGAACGCCAUUGAGGGCUGGCAGACUCCCCUCAUUAGACCCUUUGGGAACCUUUCACUGCACCCAGCCUGCUCAUCACUACAUUAUGGCAUUCAGCUGUUUGAAGGCUUGAUGGUGUACCGAGGCGAUGACAACCGCCUCCGUCUCUUCAGACCCCUGAUGAAUAUGAGCCGUAUGGCAAAGUCAGCGAACAGAGCUUGUCUUCCCGCCUUUGAUGAGUCCGAGUUGCUGGAGUGCAUCAGGAGGCUUGUAGAAAUCGACCAGGACUGGGUUCCAUGUUCCGAGUCCUCCAGUCUGUAUAUAAGGCCAACAUUUAUCGGCACUGAGCCUUCCCUGGGAGUUAAGAAGCCGACCCGCGCCUUGCUUUAUGUCAUUUUGUGUCAAGCUGGCUCAUACUUUAACACUGAGGGGAAGGCCCUGUCUCUGUGGGCUGACCCAAAGUACACACGGGCCUGGAAAGGAGGAACUGGAGACUGCAAAAUGGGAGGGAAUUAUGGAGGGACUCUGUUUGCACAAUAUGAGGCAGGAAGUCAUGGCUGUGAGCAGGUGCUAUGGCUGUACGGGGAGGACCACCAGAUAACUGAAGCAGGAACCAUGAACAUCUUUCUGCACUGGAUCAAUGAGGAUGGAGAGGAGGAACUUGCAACUCCACCUCUAGAUGGCAUCAUCCUUCCAGGCGUCACUCGGCAGAGCAUCCUUGAACUGACAAAAAAAUGGGAUGAGUUCAAGGUGUUAGAGAGAUACUUGACAAUGAAGCAGCUGUGCUCGGCUCUGAAGCAGCAGCGUCUCAAAGAAAUGUUUGGCUCAGGCACUGCCUGCAGGAUCUGCCCCGUAGGAAACAUUAUGUACCAAGGAAAGAUUUUGCAGUUACCCUGUCUGGAGAAGCCUUCACUGUCUUCCAGGAUUGCAGCAGAACUUGCAGAUAUACAGCAUGGCCGCUGUGUGAGUGACUGGACUCACCUGGUAUAGCAGCGAUGAAGAAGCUUGGACUGGCCUGUGACAAAACCACCUGAAUGAGACUCUUCACGUGCAUCAAACUGAUCUAUACACAACAAAAACAUAUGUAGUUUUACACUAAGAUUAAUUUGUUGGUGAUGCCAACUUCAAGCUAAAUAACUGUAGUUGUGCAAUGUUGCACUUUAACCAACAUAACUGUCCAAAAUAAUUAGCUAAAGCAGCUUGAUGUCUCAUGUAAUAGUGCACAAUAUUUUACACAAACCAGCAAUUCUGUUCUUGUUUUUGUUAUAAGUAACAACCAACUUAUUUCUAUUCUACCAAUGUGUAAAACAUGUAAGAAUUACAAAGAACCUUGUAGGGAACCUGUCUGGCUUUUAACAUAAAGA